UGAUCGUGCCCGAAAAUCGCAAAUCGCGCAUUCGCAUGCAAAUAAACGACCGAAACGCAUUACCGGCAUUAGUAGCAUGCUCGUACGUGUACUACACGGAUGAUAAAUCCAACUCAGAGACGACGAAGAGUUUUCAACAUCAAGAUCCAGAAACAGUUCUAGCUCUAGGCAAAGACACCGCCACGCGAAGAUGUCCUCGACCAGGCAAGCAAGUCAAACGGGAGGUGGUGCAAAGGGCGUUUCUCAGCCCAGCACAGGAUCCACCUCUUCUACGACUCUCUCGCAGCAAGCACGUCGGUUUUCGCUUCCCGCAACACGGGUCCCAGCCCCGAUUUUGUUCAAUACGCAGCCAGCUGGAAGCGGCAAAAUCAACUUGCAAGGUGGCGCGACUAGCAGCAGCAGCAGGAUCGUGACUUCAACGCGCGUUGUCACGACUGGACCUCGUCCCACGACUGCAGUCAGUGGUAGUGCGACUGUCGCACCAGGGUCGCAGAACAAGGUUUUGGAUCGCGGGAGCUCACCCAUGCCACGAAGCCUGCUCACGACAGGGCCGCCGAUUCACGCGGCAAGUCGGUCCACGACACCUCGUCUCCUCCGAUUCGACCCCAGCACGAUGGGAAAGUUUACAAGUGUCAGUCCCGCUGUCUCACGUUCGGUCUCUGCCGCGCGGUCGCCCAGUGUGACAGGCGGCACGCCGACGCUCGUGCAGCAUCCAACGCCAAGACACAGCACGACCACGCUGCCAGAGGCGCCUUCUUCCGGAAAGAAAUCUACUACAGCUGCUGGGGGUAGUGCAAAUAAGAAGGAGCCUGAAAAAAAGCCUGCUCCGAAUUCAACUUCAACGACGAAUGGUACGAUCAACCCGCCACCGAAGCAAUUUUUGCAGGUGCCGGGUGGUGGGAAGGUCCUAUCGACGCCCCAGGUGAACACGAAGCUGACUUACUACACGCCCACGGUCCCGAAAACCAUUCUGCAAACGUCUUCGUCCGUGCCUGCGAUGAUUCCGGGCACGGCGUUGAAUUUGAAAACAGAUUUUGGCAAUAUUCCCACGCCGACGAUCCAAAUACCGGCCGCGACGUCCAGCCACAAACCGGCUCAAACAACAACCUCAGUCGCGAAGCAGAAGUCACCGGCUUCGGUAGUUGCGCCCUCUCCGCGAGGCGGUGGGUCAACAUCGGUUCAAGUUCCUGCACCGUCGAGUGCCGUCAAAGCACCAUCCGCGAUGCGCGUUCCCUUCGGAGUGAUUGCGGGCCCGAAGCCGUUAUCGACCGAUCUUCCAAACCGCACCUGGGAUACGCUGCCUUUGCGGUCUGUUUCCGCACCUAGAGGUGGCGGGAGCCAGCGGGUAGUCUCUAAGCUACCCGCUCAAGUAGGCAGCACGAAGCCCAGCCAGCCUGGAACAACAAUCAAAACGGAGAUUCUUGGCGCGGGCCUGAGUCGCACGCCCUCCGCAGUGCCAGAACUGAAGUACGCUUAUGUAAGCGACGGCAAGCACAGUCGGAAAGUAGAGGUACAGAAUUCAACCGGUACAACGAUGCAGAAAACGCAACCGGCAGUGGCUAAACCCAAGAGUGCACCCUCGGUAUCCGCUCCCACACGCAUCAUCGUGCGGAACCCGAGCAACGCAGUGAUAAAACAGGAGGAGAUCAAGGUUGCGCCCUCGCCGACGGACCCGACGGUUCUGGAGAGCGUCAGUCUGCUUUCGCAGACGGCACGGAAUGCGAUGACCUCGCAGAGCCCCAAUACCAGUCGGUUCCCCACCCCCGCGCUGGGCCGACCACCACGGCCCGAGAGCGUGCCGCGGCGGUCGCCAGACUUGGUGCAGGUGGAGGUCCCAGGUGCGGACUCGCCCAAGGAAAUCGAAAGUGACCACUUGGUGACACACGAGGUGGCGCCCGAGGUGGAGACGGUGUCUGUGUCGUAUCUGCCCGCGUCUGAUCAGAUCUCUGUCGAAGGAACAACAGGCGCAACCAAUGAGGUGCUGAAUCGAGGACCUCAAGCAGAUGAGGCUCUUGACGCCGGGCGGGCCGAAGACGUUUUGAACCGCAGUGCCUCCUCUUCUGCGGAUGGGUCAAAGCAGAGCGAGGCGUCUUUCUCUCUGAGUAUCAGCAAGUCCUCCGUGGAAGCGGGGCACAUUGGCAUCGGCGGCCCUUCCGCCACCGUCUCGUCUUCCAAGAUGCUCAGCAGCAUCCAUUCCGCGCCCUCGAGCGGUCGGGCUUUCCUGAGCGCCGAAGUGGACGUCGAGCCAUUGGUGAUGCUCGCAAGUCCGGAGGAACACGCUGCUACGCGCGCUGUUUUUUCAGGAGAAACCGAGCCCGCACAAGACGCUCACGAGGCAGUGCAGCAGGGCCUCGACAGUAGUGCAGAGGCAUCUGUUGAGCUGGAAAACAAACUCGGGGACUUUGCGUCUGCUUCGCUCGUCGAUAUGUGGUUCGACGGUCGUGCGUGGCGAACGACCGCGCCUCUUUUCCCGGACCAUGCGACUGCCAUGGUUCGUUACUGGGAGUCGUUCACGGACUCCAAGCAGCUGGCCCGCCUGGAAGACGUGCUGACGCAACUCGAAAAGGAUUUUGCGCGCACGGUGGAAGCCUUCACCAUGACGCGUACGGCGCCGCUUCAGAGUUAUUUGAACAAAAACGGAAAUUCCUCCCGUCUGCUCGCGCCAUCGCAGUACGCGGGCGAAGUCGUGCCGUUUACCGUUACCGAGAACCGCACGACGACGCAGGUGCGGAAGCUAAAUUCGCUUCCAGAUGACCUGAUGCGACUGAAUCGCGAAGCGGUGCAACGGACCGACGCUAACACCGCAACAACCUCCCCAAGAGUGGUGGAUGCGACAAAAAAAUCGCCAAACUCGCAGACAAAGUCGUCCGGUUCCCCGAUCGAGGCGAAGAAAAACUCCUGGGCAUCGCUGACGGAGUACAUCAUUUUGGUUUUCCACCAGAUUCUCCGAACCCCGACGCCGCAGAUGUCGCGCGCGGUGUGGUUGGCCGUGUGUCGCGAGUUCGAGAGAUUUCUCGUGCGGUCGCUGCUCGCGAAGUGCGACUCCAGCCCCCUGAGCCCCCGUAUGCCAUCGCCCUACAUGGAGGAUAAAGCGUAUCGCCGCCUGCGGCGCUUGUCGCCCGUGAUGCGAGAGCAGCUGGAAAACUGGAACGAGUUGGAGAGAGGUAGAAAAUCUUGCUUUCAUCUUCAUGUAUGAUGACUUGCGAAGUUAGAAACGCGCAAGCGGUAAGCUCUACAACGUGUGCAAAGGUAUUGCGGCUAACAACAUCAACCAACAUUAUACUAGGCGGGCCUUCUAGAUGUAGAUGCUAAUCGAUACAAGAGAAACUCGAUCUUUUUUGCGCAAUUCGGGGGGGCGAAAAUCAAGAUUGUUGCUGGGAGUCGGAGAUGCUAAUCAAAGCAUGAACCACCUGCGCCAAUUCCCGGCGUGUGUUCUUCCGCGCGAGAACUCGGUCGCGCAAGGCGUUUGGGCUUGCGAUUUUUCUUGCGCAAUUUAGGGGGGCGAAAAUCAAGACUCUUGCCACAAGAGUCUUGCCACAUCCCCGAGCCCCCACAAUGUGGGGGCUCGGGGAUGCUAAUAAAUCAAAGCAUGAACCACCUGCGCCAAUCCCCGGCGUGUGUUUUUCCGCGCGAGAAUUAGCUCGCGCAAAGCAUUUAGGCUUGCGAUUUUCCUUGCGCAAUUUCGGGGGGCGAAAAUCAAGACUGUUGGGGGGGCUCGGGGAUGCUAAUCAAAGCAAAACCAACCUGCGCCAAUUUCCGGCGCGUGUUCUUCCGCUCAAGAAUUAGCUCGCGCAAGGCAUUUGGGCUUGCGAUUUUCCUUGCGCAAUUCCGGGGGGCGAAAAUCAAGACUGUUGGGGGGGCUCGAGGAUGCUAAUCACAGCAAAACCAACCUGCGCCAAUUUCCGGCGCGUGUUCUUCCGCGCAAGAAUUAGCUCGCGUAAGGCAUCCGGGCUUGUGAUUUUCCUUGCGCAAUUUCGGGGGGCGAAAAUCAAGACUGUUGGGGGGGCUCGAGGAUGCUAAUCAAAGCAAAACCAACCUGCGCCAAUUCCCGGCGUGUGUUCUUCCGCACGAGAAUUAGGUCGAGCAAGGGUUUUUGGCUUGCGACUUUUCUAGCGCAAUUUCGGGGGGCGAAAAUCAAGACUGUUGGGGGGGCUCGAGGAUGCCAAUCAAAGCAAAACCAACCUGCGCCAAUUCCCGGCGUGUGUUCUUCCGCACGAGAAUUAGGUCGAGCAAGGGUUUUUGGCUUGCGACUUUUCUUGCGCAAUUCAGGGGCACGAAAAAAAAUCAAGACUGUUGUGGGGACUCGCGGAUGCUAAUCAAAGCAAAAAGAGCCUGCGCCAAUUCCCGGCGUGUGUUUUUGCGCACGAGAAUUAGGUCGCGCAAGGCUUUUUGGCUUGCGAUUUUUCUUGCGCAAUUUAGGGGGACGAAAAUCAAGACUGUUGUGUGGGCUCGCGGAUGCUAAUCAAAGCAAAAGCCACCUUUUUGCUACGCAAAAACUCAAAUGUGAUGACAACACUUUUACAACAGCCACGCGCCACCAUCCGGCUACGACGACAGCCGGCGUGGUUACUUCAGUGGAAACGACAGCCGUGCAAUUCCUGUAUUUCUUCCUGCGCAACCUGUGGCUGCUCAGCAGCAAAGUGGCACCGGAAAUCGCUAUCAGUCGCACGGUGUAUUUGCCGGGAAUGCCAACCGCGGUCCUGAGCUCGCAACCGCCUGUUUUGAUGCUUCCCUCUAGCGGCACGACGCCACCCCCGGUGGCGAACAACAAGCAGGUGACUACCUGGUACAUGGUCUACACGACGUCCAAGGACGUCAUUGACGCACUGAAGUCCGUGCGAGCGGAUCGGGAGCAGUUGGCCCGGGCGGUGGACCAGGUACUGAUAAACUUGGACGAGCUGAGUUCCCCUGACCUGGUUUCCAUCCCGUGGGGCGAGAAGGCGAUUCGGUUUAUCCACGACGCGAUGGCGAUGUGCGGAUUCCCCGAACCGACUGACUGCCCCGACGUACUGUGGUACCAGCUGUUUCGCGAGGCCGACCCGGGCGGCGAACUCGUGCUGCAUAGCAACUCUGCGGCGUUGCAGUUCGUCCGGAUCUUUCUCGGCAGAGUGCUGCACUUGACUUCGAGUUGGGUCAAACAUCUGCAGAACAGCACCAAACCGCCACCCCGGGAACACCAAAGUGUUGACGGAGGUGCGACAGUUGAAGCAGCGGAAAAAAGCAAUCAAAUAGUUGUGUUGAGCGAACAACCCGAAGAACACGCAGGUAACUCAGGUGUAGCUGCUGGGCCACCAGGAAGCGCUAUGAGCACGUCCGGACCGUACGGUAGCCUGUCCACUCCCGUGGAGCGAGAGGCGAAGGAGGAUCGAGCAGUUCCGGAGGCGAGUAAUUCGCUAGAGUUUCGCGUGGAUGUGGAGAACGAAAUGGAAGUCACGUUUGGGGGAACGACCAGCCACCAGAGCUGCAACCCAGUCAUUCCACCGAAGAUACAUGUCAUCACAGAGGAAGAGCGGCUGCAAAGCGAAGCUGCCAGGAACAUAAACAAUCACGUUGUCGUGCGCUUGCAAAGCGAAAAGACAGCUUUAGAACAAAAACUCGACGAAAUGACAGCCGAACUGGCGAGGAUGAAGGAACAGGUACAUCAUACUAGAUGAUGCCCAAAACUUGAUGACCGCGAAUAUCUUGGAUUAUUACGCUUUCAGACCAACCUUCUCUAAGAACGCAGAGGUAGAUCUUGUUGAUCUGAUGACAGUAAAGAUAAGUAAAGUACACUAAAGCUUUUUUACAUUUCUCUGCAGGCCGCCGUGGAAUCGGUGAAGUUACAGCAACGAACUUUAGACGUGGACAGGGAGAAAACGACGGAAAUUUUGGCACUCGAACAGAAACUUGCCGCCGUCGACAGUGAGCGCAACGAGAUUUCGGAAGCGCGUGCCAGGGAGCAGCAGGCUGUAGAAGCCUUGCAAAGGAAAUUGGUGGCAGAGAAGGAGGCAGCGGAGAAGUUCAUGGUAAAUAAGCAUACUCGUUUUGGCUUUCUGAUUUUAGAUUUAUUGCAGAAAAAGUUUUACUACUAGAAGAGUCGUGCGACUACAACACAAAGACAACUCAAACAGCGUAGAGAUGCCAUAUCUAGUACCGACUGUACACAGGAAACCGAGCGCGCCCAGCUGCUGGACAAGAUGCACGCCCUGGAAAAGGAACGCGACAGUGCUGAGAAGGUGAAGAAGGUUUGCGAAGCGCGACUCCAAAUUGCUGAGUGCCAACAGAGAGAGACGGAGCGGAUCCUGAAGGACCAGGAGGAAAUGUUCAAGAAAACCGUCGCGAAUAUGGAGCUGGAGUGGCAGGCGCGGGUGCAAGCCGAACGGAACAGCGUGGAGCAGAAUUUGUUGAACGAAGUGAACGCGGAGAAGCAGGCAUUGCUAGAGAGCAUGGAGAACCGGCAGGCAGAACUCCUGGCCCAGGAAAGGGCAGAAAAGGACAAGGAAAAGGAAAAAACGAAAAUGGAGCAAGAAGCAUUGAAGCAGCAGUACCUGGAAGAAUUGAAAAAUCUGGAAGCGAUGUACAAAGAAGCCAUGCAGGAAAUUGAGUCCAAGUAUAAAUUAUGAUUCUGAUUUUAGUUUUACUAAGCUCUACGGAGUACGAGUUAGUAUUUCUGCCCACGUCGUUGAAGCUGACGUUGACGAUCAUAUCAUCUUUUUUCUGCUUCUACUUCUACUUCCAGGCAUUGUUCCUGUUUCGUACAACCUCAAAACACUUUUCUACUUGCAGCUACUCUGGCGUCACACGGGAGAAGAGUGGACUGGAAGAGGACUUGGCGAAGCAAAUGCAACAGCGGCGCGACGAGGCGCAACAGGCGGAGGAGAAGAUCCAUGUAUUGCAGGAAGAGUUGCAAAGUGCAAAGUCUCACGUACUAGAGACCACCAGCCGCUUGGAAUCGCAAUCCAAGGCGCACCAGGAGGAUGUCGAGCUGAUUGCGCAGCAACGGAGCAAGGAGGCGGAAAGUGAAAUAGCAAAGGUGAAAAAGGAGAAGGACCAGGAGCUGGAACUGGUAAGAGCAAAAUUGGAAGCGGAAAAGCAGAAGCUGGCGAAGGAAAUGGAAGCGCAACGGGAACAGGAAAAACAAGCACUACUGCAAGAAAUCGAAAGGCUACGUGCUGAGAGAGAACAGGAAGCAGCGCAGGCUGCGAAGAAUCACGCAACGGUGGCAGAUCAUGGGACAGAAGCUGCAGCACAGAAAAAAGCCGAAUCCCCGCCGACCAACAGCGAGCAGCAGGUAACAACCGACACACCGAUGUUUGGCGACGGAACAGAAGUCCAUUCCUCACAGGGAGACCCGCAGUCCAGCAAGAUGAAGCUGGUCCCUAUGUCGAGUCCCCCGGUAACGACGAGCAAGCUCCGACAAGGCCUCAGUAGAUCCGGCGGAUCGUCCGUUUCUAGAGUAAAUUCUUCCGAAAUGAUCACGCCGCCGUUUCUGAAAAGCCUGGAUCGACAGAGCAUUCGCUCUUUGUUCCGGGAACUCAAAGCGGAGGACCUGGACGUGCUGCCCAGCGAAAUCAAAGACGCCAUUCGCGGAUUGGAUGUAGAGGGCCAGGAGGAAACGACGCCACCGUCCACGUCCUACGUCACGAAGUCCGGCGUGAUAAAAUUCAUUCCCUCGUCGAAUGGAUUGCAAGGUCAAGUAGACACCUGCACUGCUGCUGUCUAUCCGCCAGCAGAUGUUGGUGCAAGAAAUAAAGUGAACAACAUAUCCAAGCCGAGUCCCGUGUUCACGGAGGGGUCGCCGGUUGAAGCGAAGAGCUUGACCGCCGAAUUUGGGUUGAACCAAGCAGGAAAAAUCGCUCGAAGGGUCUUUGACACCACAGAGCAGGAGCCAGAACAACAACACUCCAUCGCCUCUGGAACUGGAACCACAGGGGGUGUACAAAACCUACCGUCCUUCCGCAUCACUCACGCCAGUUCCGCGCUGUACCAAAAGACCCUGGCGAAGCAGCAGAAACAAGAGCAGCCCCAUGGGACAAACAGAAGGAAAGGCCAGCGCUCGCGGUCCGCCAGUCCGGAAAAGCACGAGUUCCAAAAAGCGUCGCUGCUCGAGGCCUCUCGGACGCUAGACAAGUUGCGCCGGCAGCACAACGAGAAGUUGCGCAGUCGCACAAACUCCGCGGAGCGGCGAUUGAAUACCACGACAAGGACACUGUCGUCCGGCACGGAAACCUCACCGUCGAAGCUGGUGACAUCAAACCGCAAAAUCACGGCACGGUCCAUCCACGGCAAGAUUCAUCGAGGCGGACGUGGCAGUACUACGUCAACAAGGCAGGAAAAACGGAACUUUUUGUUCAUGAACGACGACGACGAAAAUCAAGACUAUCCAGGUCAGGUGGACGAAGAUGCUGAGCAAGAGGAGCUCGAAGAGGUGCCGAUGGGCAUCGAAGAUGAACAGAAGGAUCUCUCGCCGAGCGACCGAUCUUCUCCCGCUGUAAAGAUCAAACGGGACACAAGCCCGGCUUGGGCCGCGGAAAUGCGCAAGAGGCUUGCGGAGGCGGGCAUCGGCAGCGCUAGCGAGGAAGAGCCGUUUGCGGUGCAUUUGGAGCCUCAGGCGAAGGGCCGGUCAUCGACAACGAUCGUGAUCGAGGACAACGAGCCGAGCGUUCUUCUGCUAGACGAGAACCAAGACCUGAAACCGAAAAAUCGCACCGCACAGACACAGCAGAAAAAAGUUCUCACCGGCGCGAGUGUCGCUGCCUAUCCUGGCGCGAACGUCCUGGAUUCCCAAGACUUGUCCCCCAUCAGGCCUCGAUACGGCGUCUCGCUCAAUGAGGACGCGACCGGCGCGUUCAUCCUGAAAUCACUGCAGCCGACGAAAUCCGAGUCGCUCGUGAUGCUGAACGCCGGUGUGGGGAGGAGCAGCACAAACGAAAAAGCGCUCUCGCUUUCCGAGCUGAAACAGGAGUUUGACCGGCAGCAGAGCGAGUUUCAGAAGCAGAUCGACUCCCUCCGGGAAGAGAGCGUCGAAAAGAUUUCCACGCUGCAGUCGCAGAAGAAAAUCGACGAGAACGUGUUUGCCGAGACCAACCAGAUAGCGAAGGAACAGAAGGACAUCUACAAGCACGACAACACGCGGUUGGAAAAGGAGUUGGUCGAGAUGCAGAAUUUGCUCAAGGAAGAGCAGGAGCGCCGUCGCUUGGCUGACCUGGACCUGCAGCGGUUGUUGGAAGCUUCGGAGCGGGAGAAAGACUUGCACCGUACAAUGAUGGAGGCGCAGGAGGAAAGAGUUAAAAAGAUCGAAGAGGACGCCAUCGCCGAGCGCAGUCGCGCCGAAGACAGUCAGACGUUUGACGCCACACCCUCGGCGUUUGCGGCCGCUGGCCACGUGAUCGUGUCAACGGACGAUGGCCAUCAAAUUGACGGUCCGCAUCAAGUACAGCCGAUAAUAUUCCAGGACGAGCUGCAGCAUGCGACUUCUUCUAGUGCGGGAGCUUCCGCUGCUGCGCAUUUGUACAACCAGCAACAGCCGCACGUAGCGUUGCCACAAGCUACAUCGUCUUUUGUGCCGCCAUCGCGUGUUGUCUCUGCCACAGCGUCGGUCGUGCCACCAACUCAAGCAGGUUUCAGUACUACUGCUGCAGGAGCAGCAGGGCCGCAAAUGGCUUCCCAAGAAGUAGUGGUGUUCCAAGACCCAAACAGCGGUCAAUGGGUCCAGGCCCGCGUGGUGCCUCCCCCGGUAACGUCGUCCACGCCAGUUUUGGAUCCGAGGGUACAGAUGCAGCAGAUCCAGUCGCGCACCUACGAGGAUUACUUGCGUGCCCUCUACAAUCCCGGGGAGCAAGCCGCGCCCCAACCCUCAACAUCUAGUCGGAAGAGCAGCGCAAAAGCGUCGAAGAAGCGAACACCCCGGACCGCUGCCGCAAGUGCAGCGAAUAAAUCGAAGCGCUCAGUCGCAGCUCCAACCUCAGCAAGACGAAACAACUCCGCCACAAGGUCUUCGCGAGCAACCAGCACUGCAAGUCGUGGGGGCGGCUUGGGCUCAACUUCGCGCAGCGUCAGCCGCACCGCAUCUUCGCCAUUGAAGCGCAGGCCCCCGCCAACACAGAAAGUCGGAUCAAAAGUCCAGACGGCACUGCACGGUGCCGUCGCCCCGGAGCAACUGUACACGACGCUGCCGCACCAGCACCAGCAGCACCCGAGCAUUGUCUACAAUGCCGCUGGGGUUCCAAUCCUGCAGACCCCGCUUGACGUCGCGCGAUACAACGCUGCGUUGCUCGCUUCGCAACCGAAUCCCGUCGUGCGAACAGGCUCUUAUCAACCGUCGUUGGUGAUACAGCAGUCGCCAGCUGUCGGUGGAGUACAGCAGCAAGCUCACGCGUCCACUACAGCAACGCAACAGCAGCCAGUGGCGCAGCAGCGAAACCUGAACUUACCGUUCCCGCACCGCGCUGACCUUCUACCGCAUAGAGGAGCUGACGCAACCGGCUCCAGUGCUGAAGGUCGGUUCGUGUCAACACCGUCCUCAUUUGCACAAGACCAAGUUUCUUCGAUUCCGAACCCCCCGACGCAACAGGGCAAUCGCUUGCUGUAUUGGAAAAGUCCGACCGAUGCGGGCGCAGCUGGAGCGCACCAGAACGAAGAACUUCACGAGCAUCCGCGCGUUCGCGAUGAGUUUGGCAACGCGUAUGUGUUCGAACCGCCGUCGCGCUCGAUGCUCGAAAGCGGUGCGUCCGGCCUCUCGCUUGUGUCGGGCGGUUCCAGCACAUCGAGAGGACAGAUCAAGAAGCCGUCGACGUCGUUGAAGCGGCGCAUCGCGAUGCUGAACAGCUAUAAUGCGGUUGGCUCCAGCAGUCGUCAGCAAUCGGUUUCACCCGCACGCAUCAUCGCGCGGCGGGGCAGCGAGGAAAGCGCCACACUGAACAACAACUACGGCAACAGCAACAUUUACAGCCGGUUGCAUCAGAGCCCCUCACGCAGUCGAAGUCCAACGCAAAAGAAGAAACGGGGCGCGGUCGCCUUUCGCUAGAAGCAGGCAAAUAAAAUGUCAAGAAGCCGAAAAAUUCAUACUCUGUGCAAUAAAGCUGCCAAUGCCGAAAUGUUGAGUUGUCGAUGGGCAUUUUCGCGAGCGCGAGAUGUGACGUGCUACAAUUGUAGAACUAAGUACACGAAAUGCACGGAGCCAAAGAAACGCAUUGCGAUUGACAUUGUGAAAGAUGUUGCGCAAAAAGCGACAAGAGAAACCGUGUCACAGAAAUUAAUGAAACUGUUUCCAAAAGAAAAAUAGAAAUACAAAAAUUUCUAUUAUAAUAAUUGCAAGCACAGAUUAUAAAAACACUUGUACAAUAUAGCGAAAUGAAAAAAUGCUGUUACGUACCUACCCCUACUGGUUGUUGAAGAUGGUUGUAACAUCACGCAGUAGGCAGAGGCACGCUGAAAGGCAAAGUAUCGUAAAAUUCGUGAGAAUAGAACUACAGGCUGAGGCUCAUAAUGUCAACGAACUAGGUUUUACAUCGCUGAAGUAGGCUCAAGCUACGCUCCGUUCUCGUCCCAGGGGGCUAGAAAUCUUGCGAGCUCAAUUUUCAUGUCUGGUUUCUCACGAAGCUGCUUUCUUACUCACUGACUUUAUCGUAGAUGCCAUCAACAAGUGAAAGUGUAAGGAGCUAAUAUUUAUUUUGACUUGGGAGGGUACAACUUGAACUUUUCUUCAUUUUCGCGAUUCGAGAGCCGAGUAGAAAUAGAAAUUAGAAAAUUCUUCUUUUACUCGUUUGGUACGCUACGCUACAACGAAUAGGACCUGUUGCACGAAACCAGAAAAGUGAAAUCGUGACGAUUGUACUUCUCUGUGCACGACUUUCGAAAACUAUAGCAACUCAUGCAAAGGAGCGUCUAAGACCAAGCCCAAGUGUGCCACACGCUGUCGCGGGUCCUGGGAAGGAUUUUGUUGCUUUUUUUAUUUUUUGUGUUUGCCCCCUCGCACCUAGACGUGCGCAAAACUGGUGUCAUAUGAGAAGUCUCAGUCUGAACGCCUGUUCGGC